AUGGGUAAAACUAAGAAGAAACACUCGAAAUAUCCCGCCAUUGUUGGUGGACAAGUCCUAGAUUCUUCUAUGGAUUCCAUGGAAGAGACGAGGUUCAGAAAAAGAAAUCAAAAACUUACCAUUUCACUUUCAGAGAAGUUACACUUCACCUAUAGUGAGGUGGAAUGUCUUUUAUUGAUAUUUUACAAACUACAGAAAGAAAGCAAAGAAUUCAAACUUGGGGUUGAUAAGACAUUGUUUCGAGAUGUCUUACACUGUUCUCUAAAGAUGACUGAAGAUUACUUAAUGGACAGAAUAUUUUAUACACUAGAUAAAGGCCCCAGUCCGUACAUGACGAUGGAAACGUGGGCAGCUAGUUUAUCUUUGUUUUUAAAGGGAACACUGGAAGAAAAAAUGCAGUAUUGCUACAAGGUGUAUGACGCACUUGGUGAAAAAUUAUUGGGAAGGGAGACAAUGUUCCAUCUACUAAGGAAAUCACUUCUGAGUUUAAGUGGUGAAGAGGACGCGGAAGAAUCAGCUAAAGAAAUGAUAGAAGUAUUAACAAAGAAAAUGGAUAUAGACAGGGACGGAAAAAUUUCAUUUAAUGAUUAUAGGCAAACGAUAUUGAAACAACCGAUGCUACUGGAGGUGUUUGGGCAAUGCUUACCUACUAGAGAAAAUAUACAUGCAUUCAUGACAACAUUUGCACAAAAACCUGGGAAAAUGUAA